AUGUACCACUAUUCUGUCCCUCCGCAGGGAUAUGUCCGCUAUAACUACAAUACCUCAGCAACAACCUCGCCCUCGGGAUCGCCUCAACCGAUUCCGCACUACUCUUACUGGGUACCACCGCAGUAUCAAUCACCAACCACAUCACCAAAGUCUACAAAGCGACAUUCGCGCAAACAAAGCUACACCUACCCACAAGGCCCAGGAGGAUGGCACUCUCCAGCAGGAUACCCAUCCCCAAGUUAUUACGCUACCAGGCCAGACUACCAGUCGCCACCGGUAUACCAGGACCAUGUGAGUAGAGACAAUUUCGAACGAAGCAAACCAAAAGCUCGCCGCUUUUCAAACACUGGCAUCCAUGGUGGUGGCAACACCGACGGCCCAAGGCGCCACGCCUCCACGCGAUCGCAGAAACAGCCUAUCAUCAAUGAUACGUCUGACGAAGCAGAUGAGCCUACAUUCACGUACAUCAGGCCACAAGCCAGCCGCUACAAAGAAGAAAAGUACUACAAGCCAAAGCCCAAAGCUAACAAUCACUUCUUCUUCAACCAGGUGCCUGCUCAAGAGAAAGCCUCUGACUCACAAAAGACACGAGCGCGCCGGCCAUCGGAGUCUAGACCGUCGACGGCAAAACCAGCAAAAGCGGCGCCGCCACCACGCGAGGCAACAGCAGCUGAUGCAGCCAAACACCGAAUACCUGCUGGGUAUUCGUUGAAAAACUGGGAUCCCACUGAGUCACCGGUGCUGCUACUUGGGAGCGUCUUUGAUGCUAAUUCGCUCGGUAAAUGGAUCUAUGACUGGACCGUUUUCCACCAUGGACCACAAACACCGAUGUCUGAGGUAGCGGGCGAUCUCUGGUUGCUGCUCAUCAAGCUAGCCUGCAAGAUGAAGAGAGCUGAUGAAUGUUUGCCACGAGUCAGGUAUUCUGAUAACCGGGAAACGAUCAAGGACUUCCUGGCGGGUGGCGACCGACUAUGGGCGCGCUUCAAGAAACUUCUGAAGAUCUGCGAAGACUACAUGUGGAAGGUGGCGAGAAAGGAAGGAGCGAAAGGAUCUGUGAAAAUGGGGAAAAACAGCGGCUGCGAGUUUGUCGAUUCCAUCUUCGGAAGAGACAGGGAACUGGAGGAAACGGAGAGCCUGAUGCAAGGUAUCAGGCUCUGGAAUAUGCGUUUUGACGCAAACUGCGAGGAGAUCUUACGCCGUCCGUCGGCCGCCUAG